AAAUCCAACCCACCUCUCCAAAACAGUACAAACAAAUCCCUCACUCUCUUCAAAAUCUCCUCUUUUGUUUUCGCCCAUGGCUUCCGCCACCGUUACUUUCUCCCCGAUCACCGCCGCCGUUUCAGCCCCUUCCUCUGUCGUUUCUCAUCGGAGAAUAUCCGUUGGGUUACCGGAGUUUCGUGGCCUCAAGAGUAAAUCUAGGUCUGCGUCGUUGGUUCCGUUUUCCCGAUCAGUGAGCCGGGUCUCGCGUCUGCAGGGUCGUGUUGUUUGUGAAGCCCAGGAGACCGCCGUUUAUGUGGCACCAUUGAAGGAAGAUGCAUGGCAAUCACUUGUUCUUGAUUGUGAAUUGCCUGUUCUGGUUGAAUUUUGGGCUCCAUGGUGUGGACCUUGCCGUAUGAUUCACCCGGUAGUCGAUGAACUGUCAAAGGACUACGCCGGGAAGCUCAAAUGCUACAAAGUUAACACAGAUGAGUGUCCUAACAUUGCAACUCAAUAUGGGAUUCGGAGCAUUCCAACUGUUAUGAUCUUCAAGAAUGGGGAGAAGAAAGAUGCAGUGAUUGGUGCUGUUCCCAAAUCCACCUUGAUAACCUGCGUUGAGAGAUUCUUGUAGAUGUGGUAAGAAAAUGUCACUUUUCUGGAAGUUAAGCUAUUUCUAGCAGUUCCUUCUUU